AUGCAGGCACUGUUCUGCAAGCCCUACAACCAAUUCCUUCGCGACCCCCUUGAGCCAACAAACAUCCCGACGGAUACGUCGGAAACUACUCUUGCGAAAAGCCCUACCCGUGCAUCUUCCUGGUCGGGGGCUCUGCAGAGUAGGGCGGCAAGAAAGAGAGCGGAGGAGGAGGAGGAGGAGGAGGAGAAAGCGAGAGAGGAUGACCUCCCCGCCUCGCUCGCCGCCGAUCCCAGCACCAGCCCCUGGCGCUCCCCAGCGGCGCUCGGAUGUGCUGUGGGGGCCCGACGCGGCCUCGGCUCGCGAUCAGAGCGCGCGCGCGCGCUCGCGGCCGACGGAUCCGCGAUCCAUCGAACGGGAAUGCCCAUGACCGUAGCGAAUUGA